CAAACGACUCCUUAUAAUUCUGCGAUCGAGAAAGAGAGGGGAGAGAGUGAAGCUGAGCUGAGCUUCGUCACUUCUUCCAUGGCGACGGUGCUAGAGAAAGAGAAACCAUCCAUUAAGAAGCUCGGGCAAUGAAAUCAAUCACUUGGAAUUUUGCAGUUCAUUCCUCUCCCUCAAGACACUUCUUUUCCACUCGGAGGAUCAAAAGAAUGUUAAUCCCCAUCCCUGAAAUCUGCGAUGUUUUGGUCAAUAAACACCAAUUUUCUCCUGAAUUGGCUUCGCUAGCUUCGUCGCGUUUACCUAAAUUUCGAGAUCCCCAAAGAGCUGAUUCAGUUCUAUCAUUCCUCAAAGAGAAUAGCUUUACGACUGCUCAGCUGCAGAAACUUGUCGUAUAUAAUCCUCGGGUUCUAGGGUUUACUAUUGAGGAUAUUAAAUCCAGAUUCAAGGUGUUCCUAGAUUUGGGGCUUUCCUCCGAGGACAUUGCCAAGAUGAUUUCCACUAAUCAGGUGAUUUUAUAUUCAAGUAUGGCGAACAAGAUCAUUCCCCAUUUAUCGAUGCUCCAGGGCUUGGUGGGAUCCAAUGAUGAUGUGGCCAGACUUGUGACGAGAUGCCCCUCGUUGUUUUUAUUCGAUUUGGAGAAAACAUUAAUGCCAAAUGUGGAAAUCUUGAAGAGGUGUAGCAUACCAAUGGAGCGCAUCCUUCACUUGCUCUACAUUCGCCCGAGAACUUUCUUGGUUAAGUCGGAUACUAUGAUGAAAUCUGUUGAAAAGGCCGUUGAAAUUGGGGUGUCUCUCACUUCAGUUGCUUUUAUUUAUGCUGUUGGUGUUUUUAAUCAUACAAGCAAAGGGAUGUGGGAAGUCAAGUUGCGAAUUUUCCGUGAUUUGGGAUUUUCUGAUGAAGGUAUAGUCACAAUGUUUAGGAAGCAACCUCAAGUUUUUACAGCAUCUGGACACAUACUGAAGAACAAAAUAGAGCUUCUGCUUGCUACUGGGAGGUACAAUAUAUCCAGUAUUGUCGCAUUUCCAGCAGCACUCGGGCUCAGUACUGAGAAGAGGAUUGAGCCGCGGAUGCAGAUUCUGAGACUUCUGGAAAGUAGCAAUCUGAUUGAGAAGUGGCCAUGUCUUUCACUUGUUCUAAAACUCACAGAUGGUAAAUUUGUUGAGAGAUUCAUUAGGCCUUAUUGUGAUGAGAUUGGUGAAGAACGGAUCACACGAAGAUGGUUGUUACGAGCAGAAAAGGAUGAAUCCGGAAGAACUGGUGUGCAGUAGUGGUAGUAAUUCUAACUACUAAUCUUAUCAAUUUCAGCUAUUAUUGCCUCACAUAUUUUGUUGUGUUUCUGCUGAAAAUCCAUGUUGUGUUUAAGCUAUUUAUACUUACAAGAUUGUUGUUCCUAGAAGAAUUUACGUUGAGAUUACUUUAC